ACAAGGACGGGUGGUGGUGGCAUCUCCCUAUAUAAACCUUUCACGACCAUCCCUAGGCAGGCCAGAACUACGACGCCCUCCUGACGACAUGAAUCCCCUGGUGCUGCUUCCCUUCUUGGUGGCUGGGUGUGUGGCGGCCCCAACAUAUGCAGCGGGCACUGUGGCCUUCCAUGGCGCGCCCCUGGCCGUGCAGCAAGAGGUGACGGCUCACGUGCCUGCUGGUGUCCACUUUAAGACAGUAGGCGAGGCAGUGGCCGUGGCUCCUGCUGUGGCAGCCGCCGUGCCCGGGUACGCCGUCCAGGGUGAGCUUCGUCAGGUGACACAGACCUUCCCAGAGCCAGCUCCUGUUGAGGUUAACGUAAAGAGUCUUCCCGUCUUCUCUGCCCCCGCCCCCCUGGCUGUGGCCCACGCCCCCUUGGCUGUGGCUCACGCUCCUCUGGCUGUGGCUCCCACAUUAAAGGCCGUCGAGAUCCCCGCACAUGUGGCUGUGGCCCCUGCCGCUGUGGCUUACUCUAACUUCAACCUCAACAUCCCGGCGCCCGUACCCGCUGGGGACGCCCCCGCCCCUGAGCUGCUGGUCCAGCGCACGCCCGUCAAGGCUCUUGGUCGCCCCGUCGUCUCCUACACUCCCCAGAUCACUGAGGUUCGCCCCGAGCUUAAGAUCAUCGAGAAGACCUACGACGUUGCCGUACCCAAGCCUGUCUACAAGACCAAGGAAGUCACUCCCAUUCACCACCAGUACGUGCCCGAGCCCUACGCCGUGCCCCAGCCCUACGCCGUGCCCCAGCCCUACGCUGUGCCCGCACCCUAUGCCCAUCCCGUCCCCGUACAGCACCACGUCGCUGCUGUUCCUGCUGUUUAUUCCGUAGGUGCUGUUGCCCCUGCUGCUGUUGCCUACGUCGGACACUAACAACCAGACUCAUGUGCCAGAAGAAGACAGACAACAAGAGGCUAAGAAAGGUGGUGUUGGGAGAGGUGGUGACAGCCCAGCCUCGGGAGUCUCACCACAGUCGCCCACCAUCACAUGAGGACUCAUUGUGGCCUGUGUACAGUAUUGAUAUGUCAUGAUGAAAAAAAACAAAAUAAAACACUUUUUCCUAA